UUUAAACUUAAUUUAGUAGAUUAUUUUUAAUUGAAUAAAAAUGAAGACCAAUCUUAUAAUCUUGCUCUGUUCUGUAGCAUAUGCACUGGGAGACGAAGUGAGUGAUGCAAUUAAAGAUAUUGUAAACAAUCACAAUUAUCGAUACGUCACUUUUACUGUCAACGACUCUGCAACCGCCUUAAAGGUUGAAAAAAAAGGUGACAAAUCCGAAAGUCUUGUGGAUUUUAUUAACCAACUUACAAAUUCCGAACCUCGUUACUUCAUCUACGAUUUUGAAUAUGAAUCUAACGGUUCUAACAAGCAACGUUUUCUGGGAAUCUGUUGGGCACCAGAUACUUCAUCAAUCAAGAGAAAGAUGCAAUAUUCAUCAGCCGUUAAUGUGUUUAAAUCCGCUGUGAAAGAUGUGACAGGACUAAGAUUAGUGUAUGCCACCGACGUUUUUGAAUUAGAUUAUAAUUCAUUAUUUCAUAUUGCCGAACGUAUAUAAUUACAAAUAUUAAA